AUGCUCGUGGCCCUCAGCGCGGCGCAAUGGGUGGUGGGCAAGGCGCUGGCCCCCAUUGCCGAUGGCUUGCUGGAGGCUUGGGGUGCUACCAAGAACUUGAGUCUCAACAUCGAGGCCCUUAGGAUGGAACUGCUGCUCAUGAAAGCCACGCUUGAACUCGCCGGCAGCAAGCAGAUCCAAGGCCAGGCUAUGGAGGAGUUGUUGGGGAAGCUGCGGCACUUGGCGCACUGUGCCGAGGACUUGUUGGACGAGCUGGACUACUUCCGCAUCCACGACGAGCUGCACGGCAUGUACGAUGCUGCAGAUCAGCAUGCCAAGGGUUGUGUCCAUGAUUUUUCCCUCAAUGCUCGUCACACUGCCAAAGCUGUUGGCAAACUGGUUGGUUUAUUUGCAAGCUCGUCUGCUUCCAGCCCUACAUGUGAUCCUGGAGAAGUACAAGCUACAACACAACGGAUCAUCUGUUGCGCUUGGCCUCAUGAUCGGCAGAGAUCAUGCGACGAUUCCUCCUUGGCGCCAAAUGCCAAUCAGGUGGUCAGCGGAUGCAUGCCAAAGCUCGGUAAACUCCUCCUUUGCUCAUCUUCCCCACAUGUAUGUGGUGAUCAUUCUGGCCAACCAACUCUUUCUGGUGCAUCACAAAGGGAAACACCACUGGGGUUUAAUAGGGUUGAUGUCUCUGAAAGAAUGAAGUGCAUUGUUCAGCAAUUGCAGCCUGUGCGUAGAGAGGUUACCAAGAUUUUGCAGAGUUGUGACCGUAUGACUGUCCCUGAUAUUUCCGAGAGCCGUCCCAUUACCACUGGUCAAAGUACAGAGCAGAAAUUGUAUGGGAGGGACCAUAUCAUGCAUACCAUCAUACAUGAUAUGACCAAGGGUAAAUACUGCAGUAAGGAUCUAACCGUGCUUCCGGUUGUCGGUCCAGGGGGAAUAGGGAAGACAACACUGGUACAAUACAUAUAUAGAAACCAACAAGUUCAAAAUCAUUUUCAAGUCCUUAUUUGGGUAUGUGUGUCCCUCAGUUUCAAUUUGAGUAAGCUGCUAGAUGAGAUUAAAACAUAUAUCCCUCGGGUUGAAGGGGAAAAGGUUGGCAGAGUCGAAGAGCUGAUUGAACAGAGAUUAAAAUCCAAAAGGUUUUUGCUUGUACUGGAUGAUAUAUGGGAGUUCAAUAAUGGGGAUGACUGGAAAAGGUUAUUGCUGCCAUUCAAAGCAUCACAAGAAAAAGGUAGCAUGAUUCUACUCACGACUCGGUUUCCAGCAAUAGCAAAUAUGGGUAAAACUGCUGAUUAUAUAGAACUGGAAGGAUUAGAAUCCGAAGAAUUUAGGAAAUUGUUUCUUUCGUUUGUGUUUGUUGGUGAGCCCUUUACAAGUGAUCAUAGUUUUUUGCUUGAGACCGGAGAUAAGAUAAUGGAAAAACUAAAGGGCUCUCCUCUUGCUGCAAAAACGGUUGGUACAUUAUUGAGAAAAAACCUUAAUUUGCGUCAUUGGAGAAGAGUCUUAGAAAGUAAAGAAUGGGAGAGACAAACCGGUGUCAAUGACAUUAUGUCUGCCUUGAAGCUUAGCUAUUAUUAUCUUCCUUUCCAUCAGCGACAAUGUUUCUCCUAUUCUGCAUUGUUUCCUGAAGAUUACAAGUAUAGUAGUACUGAGCUAAUCAACUUGUGGAUUGGACUAGAUAUUUUACAAGCUUGUGGUCCAAAUCAAACAUUGGAAGAUAUAGGUCUGAGCAAUUUAAAUGAUCUGGUCACAUAUGGAUUUUUUAAAGAAGAGAAAGCUAAUGGUCGUCUGCGUUAUGUAAUGCAUGACCUGCUACAUGAUUUAGCAUUGCACAUGGGAUCUCACGAAUACAUUAGUUUACAUCGGUCUAAUGUGGGAUCAGUGCAGAUUAAGCCAUCCAUACGUCACUUGUCUAUAAUCAUAGAUGAUGAUGAUACACUAUCUCAAGAGAACUUUAAGGGACAAUUGAGGAAACUGAAGACGAUAUUGAAGGUUAAACAAUUGCAUAGUUUGAUGUUAUUUGGAGAAAUGGAUGAGAGCUUUGCCAGCAUUUUGGGUGAUCUGUUCAGGGAAGCAAAUGGUCUUCGUGUUCUCCGUCUGGUUAACAUGCCAACUUGUGUGGAGUACACGUUACACAACUUUUCAGCACUUAUCCACCUACGAUACUUAUGUCUGGGUACAAAAAGGUAUGGGAGGGAGAUGCAAUUACCACUUGCCAUUUCCAAAUUUUAUCAUUUAAGGAUUCUGGAUCUAGCAUCAUGGUAUGGCUGUCGUGGUUUGCCUAGAGACUUGAGCAAGCUUGCAAAAUUGCGUCGUUUUUAUACCCCGAGUGAUGAGAUUCAUUCUGAUAUUUAUAGUGUGGGGAAACUCAGACUCCUAGAAGAGCUGAAAGUAUUUAGACUGAAUAAAGAAAGGGAAGGAUUUGAAGCAAAGCAACUAGAGCAUUUAACCGAACUGAGGGAGCUUGGCAUGUAUAACCUUGAGAAUAUACACACAAAAGAAGAAGCAGCCAAAGCAAAACUGAUAGAGAAAAACUACUUGGAGAGGUUAACAUUAGACUGGGAUAGUAAUCGGUCGAAUACCGAGCCUUGUGUGGAAGAAGUUGUCCUUGAAACCCUUCAACCACAUAGAUAUCUUCAAGAGUUGUGCAUUAGAGGGCACGGAGGCUCUUCUUGUCCAACAUGGCUAGGUGAUAAGCUCGUUGUUGAAGCUCUUCAAUCUCUUCAGCUCGCCGGCGUUUCUUGGCAAUGUCUGCCUUCUUUAGGAAAGAUGUGGGGCCUUGGUAAAGUAAUAUUGAAGCAUAUUGGCACAAUGAAAGAGUUCGUUAUAGAGCAAAGCUUUAUCAGGCUAGUAAGGCUUGAACUUGUUGGCUUGGGAAGUUUUGAAAAAUGGAUAGCAUCACAGAGCACUCGUCACAUGUUUCCUCUUUUGCAAGCAAUGAUUAUUAGAGACUGCCCUAAACUCUUGGAGCUGCCAUUUUCAAACCACAUUAUUAACCCUGCAGAUCAAGACUGCAGGAUUGAUUGGUUUCCCAAACUACAAGAGCUUGAGAUACUGUACUGUCCAGAAUUCUUGUUAGUGCCUCGUAUACCCUGGACUGAAACACUGUGUUCUGUCAACAUACGAGAUAUAAAGCUACUAGAGAUGUUUAAGUACUCAAGAUCAUCCUACUAUGGAGUGGGAUUGAAAAUUGUUGGAAAGGACCAACUGCAGAGCUUAGAUCAAGUGUUAGCAUUCAAUAAACUGUCAGGCCUUGAGCAGCUAGCACUCGUGAAGUGCCCACCUCUGGAGUUAAAGCACCUUCUAAUGCUAACCUCACUCAAGAAAUUUGAUGUAAGGAGUUCAGAUUGCCUGGUUGGGCCAUUAGCAGGUGAGGAUGAUGUGGAAUGGCAGCACCCUAUGAUCCAGGAAUUGCUUGUGGUGCAGGAAUCACUUGGCGGUCCUAGUGGGAAGGAAUUAACAGAACUUCUCACUCACCUCCCAAGGCUCUCCCAGUUACUUAUCGCCAGCUGUGAAAAUAUAACACAACUGUCAGUGGGGCUGGAUGUGCAGCAAACAACUUCAGCAGCCGCGUCGGAUGUGGAGCAGGAAAAAGAAGAUGAUGGGUUGCUGCUCUUCCCGGCCCAUCUCUGUGACUCACUCAGGCAAUUGGUCAUCAACAGAUGCCCAGAGCUGGUCAUGGUGGAAGUGAAACCCCCUUCAACUUGUCUUCUCGCUGGAGGAGGAGGGUUCCAAGCCCUGCGGUCCCUCCAGAGUUUACGGAUUUUUGACAGCCCCAAGGUACUAUCUGCCAACAGCUCGUUUUCCUGCCGCUGCAUUUUCCCAUCCUCCCUGCAAGUCCUCGAGCUUUACGGUGUGGAAGGCAUGGGGACGCUGGAGCCUCUCUCAAACCUCACCUCUCUCACCCGACUGAAGUUGUGCAAUUGUGGAGAGGACCUAAGAUGCAAGGGCCUGGGGCCUCUCCUUGGACAUCUCAAAGAAUUUAUCGUCUUUGGCAGCCCUAGAGCAUUUGCUGGUUGGGAUCCCAAUCCCAGACAGGUGCUGCAGCACCAAGGAGAAGACCAGGAGGAGGUGCAGCAGCUGCAGCUUGUUUCCCCUUUGGGUUCAUCCCAAGUACACAUCCUCUGUACGGAUGAGGCCAUGGGCCUCCUCGCCGCACCCAUCUGCAGCUUGUUGUCUUCCUCCCUCACCUGCCUGCACUUUCACCUCCUCGCAUCCGUCCCUGAUAAGAUUGAGCGCUUCACCAAGGAGCAAGAGGAUGCCCUUCACCUCCUGGCGUCCCUCCAGGAACUCGAGUUUUGGUAUUUCGACAAGCUUCAGAGCCUCCCUGCAGGGCUGCAAAAGCUUACCAAUCUCCAACGACUACAGGUCCGAUCAUGUCCGUCCGUACGAUCACUGCCCAAGGAUGGUCUCCCCAAAUCACUGCAAGCAUUAGAUGUCCAGGAAUGCGGCAACGAGGAGCUAAUACAGCAGUGCAGGGGGUUAGUGGGAACCAUCCCAAAAAUCCUGCUGCAACAUGGAAACUGACAGAGGCCUCUGCCUUGGACAUCCCUUGUACAUUUCGAGCGUCAGUUCGCUAGAUGUUGCAAUCCGAUCGAGAGGGAUUCCUUGAUGAACGAUGUUUGGCUCGGCUCCAUCCGUGGACAAGAUUGCUUUUCAUAAACAAGUUUCCCUCUACAACUGAUCGCCACUUCUCUGUUACUACAUUACCAUAUUUUAGAUGCCCUGAACUAAAUGAUCGGCAUUUAAUUACAAUUAAAUGUGCGCACUAUCUAGUAUGUACUCUUUUUGAUGGAACAGAUCAGCCAAAGCACCAGCACCAACACGCACAAAAGAUUAAUUAUGAUUCAGGAAUAUGUAAUAUAUUUUC